AGGGGAGGGCCCGGGAAGAGAGGAGGGCCCGGGCACGGCGGAGGGCGCGGGCGCUGUCGCGCUGUGCGAGCGUCACGAGCAGGGGCGGCGGCGGCGGCGGCGCGGCCGCGCUGCGGGAAGGGCGGGCGGGGUAAAAGGAGCCGGAGCCCCGCGCUCUCGGGAUUCAGCGUUCCUGUCCCUCGCCUCCGCCUGGCUGAGCCAGAGCUCUUCGCCACUGCACUUUACAGCCUGGCACCUUGAUGGAAACAGAUGUUGGUGGUGGUCCGAGAUAUUUGUGGGGGUUAAAAUAUUUGAACUCCAGCUGAAUAAAACAAGGGCUGAAAAUUGAAGGAUGGCAGCAAAUCCUUCAGGACAAGGUUUCCAGAAUAAAAAUAGGGUUGCAAUCCUGGCAGAACUAGACAAGGAGAAGAGAAAGUUACUUAUGCAAAACCAGUCUUCCACAAAUCACCCUGGAGCCAGCAUUGCACUUGCAAGAUCACCUCUGAAUAAGGAUUUCCGUGAUCAUGCUGAGCAACAGCACAUUGCAGCACAGCAGAAGGCUGCACUGCAGCACGCACAUGCACACUCCUCAGGAUACUUCAUAACUCAAGACUCUGCAUUUGGAAAUCUUAUUCUUCCUGUCUUACCUCGACUUGAGGCAGAAUGAGGAAUGUUGUUUGCCUCAGAAAUUCAAGAUCGAUUUUUGUCCAUAGCAAGAGCUGUUUGACCUUUUAAUUUCUUUAUGUAUCUUAAGACCUACUUUUUUUCUGGGUUCUUGGAGAUGCCAUUCAGGAGUGUGAGCUCUAGUGAUGGGGAAAUAGUGUUGAAAAUUUUUUAUCCUGUAUUUCUGUUCCUCUGUUGGGUCAAAGUCAAAUGCAAGACUUUUCUUGGAGUUUGAAGUGCACAGGGUUUGCUAUUCCCUGUUUCAGUGCUUCCUUUAAAUAAAUGUCCAAACCAGAGUUACCAAAAGAUGCACAAUCUGACAGCAUUUGUGUUUCUUUUUAUUAUGUACAGGUAUGAUUUUUGUAAUGAAUAAUGCAAAUUAUUUCUGUCCAUCAAAACAGACACGAAUUUGUCAAAUGCAUCAGCCAGUCUUCCUCUCCCACCCUCUCCUAUGCAGAAACAUUUCUACUGUACUGUUUUUACCAUUGUAGCAUCAUCUGGUCUUAAGUCCUUAGUUACAGUGUGCCUGCCUCUUACCUUGCUUUGUGAAAUGUGAAAAUGAAUUAAAGUGGGAAAAAAGUAAA